ACUGCGUUUAUUGUUAAAAUCUAAUCCUGAAAUGCAAUGUUAUGAUUAGAAAACUGAGAAACGGAAUGUUUCAAACCUUUCAAACAGGUUUUAUCGACGAGACGUCAAAAUGAAAUAAAAUUAGUAAACACCAUUUAAACGUCUAUGUCAAUCUACAUACCUAACAGAUUAACCUCAAAAUUUUUGAAAUAGUUGGAAAAAGUAAUAAUGAAAUUUUUAGUCGUAGAUUGGACUACAUCAGCAAGAUAACGAUUUUACUGUGAAGAUGGCUAGCAGUACCACACCAGAAAAUAACAGCUUUCUCGAGAAAGUAAAGGAUUUCCCACCAAUUAUUGAUGGCAAAAUUAAUGCAGUAAAAUUUAUUGAAUCAACUCUGGGCUUGUUAUGGGUUGUUGAGAGCCUUGGUAAAAUUUUUGCUCCAGUUAAAUAUGACAUGGAAGGAAAUAUUGAUAAAAUCAAGAAAUUGGACCCAAAAGAAAGCUCCUGUUUACUUGAAUUAUUAAAUAGAGAAUGUUUACAAUCACAAGGCAAACCCGUAGCAACUGAGGGAUUGUUAUGGCUUAAUAGAUCACUUUUUUUCUUCGAAAUUGUGUUUCAAGAAAUGAUACACUUGAUUGAGGAAAACAAUUUGGAUAUAAAUAUGAGGAAAAUAUAUACCAUUGCAUAUGAGGGGUCUGUUAAGAAAUAUCACAACUGGGUUACUCAACAAAUAUUUGCACUAAUUUGCCGGUUGGCUCCUACACUUCAUCAACUGUUGAAAUCAUUUGGAGUGGACACCAACAAUAUAGGAUCAUUUAAAACCAGGCUCACAAGUUUUAACAUAACAUUACAUUUAGUGAGGUGUAAAAUUGAUGAUUUUUAUAAAGAUAAUAAUUUAUUUUGUUAAUAAUAAUACUUAAAGUAUUUUAAUAAGGCGCCAUAUUUAUUAUCCGAUUAGCAAUAGCAUUUGUAUAUACCAUCAAGUAUAUUUUAAGAUUGAAUAAUAUAUAGUGCAUAGUCUGUCAUAAUUAAUAAAAGCAAAGGCUAAACUGUAUUGAAACAUGUCUUUGUUUAGUAUUUAUUUAUAAACGUUAAAGCUGUUUAAUUGUUUUUAUUUUAUGUAGUUGCAGCUUAAAUGGCCUUUGAGAUAUUAUGCUAACUAUGCCAUAAUAUUGCUUUACCAAAAACAGUAACAAAGACAAAAUAAGGAAUUCAGUGCCUUGAUGGGUAUUGUUCAUAGUCUCCAUUAGGUACCAAAAAAUUUGAAGUAAAACAAUUGACUAAGUACUUAGUUGUGAUAUAUCAUUAACAUCACAAAGGUCUGAAACCUCGUAGAGUCAGACCAAGCUAAGUUAGCAGCGAUUUUGAUAGCCCAGCCAGUGCAAGUGUUAUUUUGUUAUGACGUUUACUUAACACUUGCACCGGCUGGGCGAUCAAAAUUGCUGCCAACUUAGCUUUGUCUGACUUUAUUAUUUUUAAAAUUCUUGUUUUUUAAUAAGGUUUUGUCUAUUACUAAUUUUGAAGUAUAAAGGAGGCAUAAUUGACAUGUUAUUAGUAUGUAAAUUACUCUAAAAACACAUAUGGCAUAAAUGUUUUUGUGUGGCCUAACAUAAAAUUUUCCAAUAUAAGCAGUUUAUAAACAUCUUGUAUAAUUCUUUAGACCAGGAAUCUCCAAUCUUUAUGAUGUUUCCCUUUUUGUUGGCCGGAUUGUAUGGAUUUUGGUACUUGUCACAAGUUAAGUUGGCAGGCUCCAGAUCUGGCCCACGGGCCAUAGUUUGGAGACAGCCACUUUAUUAGCUUUAUAAUGUAAAACUAGUAAAGUUAAAGUUGAAAAUGAAAUUGUACUUACCAACCCUAGAGAAGGAUGCAUGAAGUUAAGUGUUUAGAGAUUUUUACUCAUUACUAAAUCAAAAUUUGAAUGACAUAUGUAACGGGUCAUGGGAGAGGCAUAUUUACCUUAGGGCCAAGGGGCCCUGGACCCGGGGCGGGGCAGGCUUCAAGUUUUUAGAAGACGCCGAAAAAAAAAGUAUAAUAUGCGCUUAUUAUAUGGGACGGUCCAGGGCGCCAAAUAUUAAAAUACGCCCCUGGGUCAUGGACUCAAACACAGAAUUAAAAUUGUAUGUAAGAAAAUAUUAUAUAGCAGACCAUCACAAUUGCUUAGCAUAACUGUUAUAUAGUUUAUUUAUUUAUUUAUUUACACUUAGAAGAAAGCAAAGAAUCAUGUGUGUUUUCAAUCUAAUAAUUUUUCUUAGAAAUAAUAAAGUCACUGUGGUGGUGUGGUCAUAGCAACCCAACAGUAUUAAAUUCUAGCCAUAUUUGAGUCACAAAGAGUCCUAUAAAAUAUGGCUCAGUGUAACUUUGUUCUACCUAUAGCAAAUACAUACAUAGAACUUGUUUAUUAUUUACAAAAGAAUACUUAAUUGUAACUCUAUAACUCUGUAACAGCCUCAGAAAGUGGGGUGCUUAGACGUUGGUUAGGUCAUACUGAGCAACUUUUACUAUGAGAUCAACCCUGAAAUCGCGAUAAAAAAAAUGACUCUCCCAUACAAGAUAUCAACAUCAUUACGAAGGUUGGUCCCAUAGUAAAAGUUGCCCACUCUCAGCGGCUGGUGUAUAAGUAUAUAGAGCAGUUAAAACAAUCGAAAACUGUUUGAUUGAGAUGCUUAUGCACAAAGCAUUUCAUGAGUUCAGGUUAAAUGAAAUGUAAAAAUUCUGAUAUAGAACUAUUUGAACAUUUCUAAAUUUAUGGUCUCAGAAAUCCAUUGAAUUUGGUUGGAUUGCAGAAGUAAAUAAAUUUACCUAUAAGUAUGUAAUCUAUGUUAAAUUGAGAACAAUAACCCAAUUUUAAGCAGUAUGACGUGUGACCUCAGUCUGUUUAGGAUAAACUAUCAAAAUAUUUCAUUGGCCCCUAUUCUUGGGCCAUCAUUAAUAUAGUUCACCCUAAGAAUGAAUAAAAUAUGCUGCUAAAUUCUUUUUUUUGCAAGCUGUGAUGUGUGUGUGCUGUGUAAGAUGAUUUUGUUUAAGAAUAAAUUAUUUAUUUUUAA